AUGGAUGAGAAAAAUCUACCACUACUGGUGUGGAUGGCGCAUGUUCCCGUGGUCACGUUAAUCGAUCUGGACGAUGUUAAAGCGGUGACAAACGCUUUCGUGCAGAAACCAUAUCACUAUAACUUUGGUCGCAUUUGGCUAGGAAAUGGACUAGUCACUGCUCCAACAUCUAUAUGGAAGUAUAGUAUCAAGAAGAUAGGUGGAACUUUCACAAGUAACAUAGUCAAUGGUUACCAAGAGGUGUUCAAUCGGCAAGCGCAGAAGUUGGUCAUCACACUUAGAGGAAAAGUCGGUAGUCCACCGUUCAAUAUUAUUGAUCAUCUGGCUUUUACUACUCUGGAAACUAUAUGCCAAACGGCGUUAGGCGUGCCAGACCUAAAAUGUUUCGUCACAGAAGAGUAUUACCAGGCUUUCACCGAGUCCCUAGAAUUACUUCUAGAGCGUUUUCUAAACCCUUUGAUGCAUGUUGACGCGAUCUACAAGCUCACGCCACAGUACAGGCGGAUGAAGAAAAGUGUCUCUAUAUUACACAACGUUUCUAAAACUGCCAUAAAUAAGAGGUAUAAUGAAUGGAAAGAAAAAAAGAUGCAGAAGGGCAAGGAUAGAGAAGAAAAUGAAUUUCCUGACAAAAAAUUCAAAUCGUUCCUGGACGUACUAUUGGAAUUAAGCAGCGAGGACCCUCACUUCUCUCCUGAGCAGAUUCAAGCUGAAGUGGACACAAUUAUAGUGGGUGGACAGGAGACCACGGCUAGGAGCUUAUUGUUCAUUUUAUUAAUGAUCGGCUGCAAGAAACAAAUACAUGAGAAGCUAUCUGCUGAGAUCCAAGAAAUUUUCGGCGAUAGUACCAGGCCGGUGAAGCAUGAGGACUUGCUUCGGAUGACUUACUGCGAAGCAGUUAUUAUGGAGGCAUUGCGACUGUUCCCACCCAUCCCAUAUGUCGCUAGGCAAGCAGACAAAGACCUACAGCUCAAAUCUUGUUUAGUUCCAAAAGGAACUAUGUGUGGUUUGCUCAUUUUGGGCGCGGGGAGGUCACAUCGUAUUUGGGGUCCUGAUGCUGACCAGUACCGCCCGGAGAGAUGGCUACAACCUGACGUGGAUACGACUGCUUUUUACCCGUUUAGUUACGGAAGGAGAUCUUGUAUAGGUAAAAAGUAUUCCAUGGCUUUAAUGAAAACUAUGUUGGCGCAUUGUAUCAGGGAGUUUAAUUUUACAUCGAACGCUGAAAAUUUAAGACUAAGUGCUCAUAUCACUCUGGAACCCCUUACAGGCAAUCUUCUGCAAGUGCAUUCCAGGAAAUUAUUAGACAAGCCUGUUAAAGCAUGA